AUGGAACUAAAUAAUAAUACUGAGGGCUCUGGAUUUGUUCCCUCAAAAGAGCAAAAGUUGAGCGAAAUUGACGAAGGAGAAUUUUUUGUUAACUCUCAUAGAAAAGUACGCACAUUAACUGAAAAGCAACAAAUUAAUCUUCUUCAAUAUUUUGAAGACCAAACACUUCAUAUACAACGUCGCUUUGUGUCACGAUUGAGCCCGCCUAAUGGUUAUGCGACAAUAUCUGAACUUAUUUUUGAUCUCAACAAAUUGAUAGGUGUAAUAUGGUAUUCAAUUGUUUCAAGUGAACCCGGUGACGAGUCGAAUGUUCUGUCUAUAGUAAUUGAAGAAACUUCACAACUCAAACUUUUUGGGCAAACCAGCCAUCUUCUUACAAUUUCUGAUAAUUUAAUUGAUUAUAUUGAAGGGUUUAUACAUGAAUUGGAUCCAGAAAAAAUCUUAGAAACUAUUUUAAAGCUUGACAAAAUAUUCUGCAAUUUAUUAGAUUCGGAAGCGCUUACUAGAACAGAGAUAGUGAGAUUAGAAUCCAUUGCUGAAAGAACUAGAAUCGCUGUUGCUCUUGCAUUUGAAAAUAUCACAGGCUAUGAAACAGAGAUAGGAGAAGUUUAUGAAAAUGUACUUAAUCGUAUUACUUAA